AUGUCCAGUCCUAUUCCUCCGGAUAAGGCUGAUAGAGAAAAGAUGUCAGCUCCUGUUCCUAAGAAAGGCACAAGUAAAUCUAAGCACUUAUGUUAUCUGGAGUGUGCUGUCCCUCUACCUGACGGAUGUCGUAAAAAGACAUGUAAUCAGUGCUCCACAGAAGUGCUAGAGAAAGCCAAGCAGACUGAUAUGUCAUCCUUCCUGUGCUGGUUACAGGAAAAUUUGUCCCAGACAUUUGAAUCUUUCAAAGAUGCCGUAAAGAAAGAACCGGCUGUUCAGGAUAAGCAGACUAAGAAACGUAGAAGAGAAAGAUCUCCCUCCCUGUCUGACCUCUCAUCAGGGGAAUGCUCUUCCUCCUUGCCUUCUAAUAUUUCUAGCCUAGCUUCAAGUUUGGAAGAGGGUUUUCCACCAGAAGAGAUUAAAAAAUUUAUUAAAGUGGCGACCGCUGUACAGGAACCAGAACCUACCAAGGGUAAGGUUAAAGGCUUCCCAAUGCUUCCUAAACUAAUGGAUCUCCUUCAAAGAGAAUGGAAAAAUCCUGAAAGACGUGCGUUUAUUUCAAAGCAUUUUAAACUUAUUUUCAAACUACAGUCUGAAGAGAAAUGGGACAUUCAGAUAGCCCAACUAUCAAAGACGACCACUAUACCCAUUGUUCAGGUCUCUGGACUGAAGGACCCAAUGGACAAGCAAGCCGAAACUUCGUGUAGAAGGAUCUUCCAGGCCGCAGGCUACCAAUGCAGGGCCGAAAUAGCAGAUUCAGCAGUUCUCAGAGCACAGAACAUUUGGCUCCAAGCACUAGAAAAGUCCCUUAUGGGAAAAUCUGAUAACGACCCAGCCCAGCUUAUGUUCCUACUGAAAUUGUCUAACGAAUUUCUUUCGGAUGCCUCUGAUGAGAUUCUACGUUUAUCCGCCAGAAUCAUGGGGUUGUCGUCAGUGACCAGAAGAGCACUGUGUCUAAGAACAUGGUCAGCUGAUUCAGCCUCUAAGGCAGCCUUGUGUGAACUACCCUUUGAGAGGAACAAGCUUUUUGGUACUCCUUUGGAAGACAUUAUAAGACAAAUGUCUGAAACAAAGAAGGCUCUACCUCUGGAGUCAAGACCCCAAAGAUAUAAAAGAUUUCAGUUCAAGGGUCAGCGUUCCUUUCGUUACCAAGGACGUUUUCGUAGAUUUAAAAAAUAAGGUGAAACCAGCUGUCAAUGGUCUAGACAGCAUCUCAACAGGCAAGACAAGAGGAGGAAAUUUUGACGCCAAGAGAGUAGGAGGACGUCUUCGCUUCUUCACUCAAGCAUGGGAAAAGAUUACAUCAAGCGGGUGGAUUCUAAGAACCAUUUCAGAAGGUUACAGAAUCAAGUUUUCUGCAAUACCACAACCAUCCUUCCUACUAUCAAGUUAUCCAUCGAUAACAAUAUCAGAGGCACUUCUGGCAGAAUCUCUUAUCCUAUUGCGCAAAGAUGUAGUAGAAAAGGUACCCAAACAAUGGGAAUUUUAGGGAGUGUACUCUCGCCUGUUCUUGGUACAAAAACCAGACGGAUCCUUCCGGCCUAUCCUAGACCUAAAAAAGGUCAACACUUGCAUUCCGUACCAAAAAUUUCAUAUGGAGAAUAUUCUACAUCCUGCAAAAAGUGGAAUUCAGGAAAAGCUAGACCUGAAAGAUGCCUACCUCCAUGUUCCGGUAUCAAAGUCCUCCCGGAAGUUCCUCAGAUUUGCAAUCUUAACAGGAAGGCGAAGAAUUCUCCACUUUCAGUUCAAGGCACUACCCUUUGGCCUGUCAUUGACUCCUCGUAUAUUUACCAAAUUCCUGGGCCCCAUAGCAGCAGCUUUGCGCCUAAAGGGUAUCUCUAUAGUUCUGUACCUAGACGAUUAGUUCUUGAAAGCCCAAUCAGAACAACUUCUAAGAUCACACCUCGAGAUCGCUAUUAGAGUUUUAAAAUAACACGGUUGGCUCCUAAACCUAAAAAAGUCCAAGUUGAUUCCUUAAUUGAGUCUGGAAUUCCAGGGACUUCAGGUGGAUUCAAAGUCCCUGUUUCUUUUCCUUCCAAAAGCGAAACAAAGAAGGAUUUACAAAGCCGUGUCAAGUCUGCAAAAAAACUCAAGCUCCAUCAGGGAAGCAAUUAG